GACUUGGUUUGGCUUUUGCUGUUUGGUUACCUUUGGGGGCGCGCAUGCAGUCCAGUCUUCGUUUCGCCGUUAUCCGCGUUGGUUCGUUGUCAAAAGUAUAGCGCUGAUUGUUGUCGUGUCAACGCGUUGCUCCUCAAGUUCAGUGAGUGUUUUCAUACAUGCAUACACACAAAUAUAUAUAGUUACAAACAACGCGGCCGUUGCUGAUGGUGACAGGUGCGCGUGUGUAAGCAACAAAUAAAUUAUUGAAAAGGUGGAAUAUAAAAUAAAAAUCUGUAAUGAAUGUCGAACAAUGGUUCUGAAAAGUCGCGUAAUUCUUAAAGAUUUUUUGUUUUAUGAAGUUUUGUGAAGAAUUUUAUUGUUUCAUAUUUUAUUGGUUAUCUGGCCAAUUUUUUUUUGCGGCGUCGUGCCAGUGAACUGUUGAAAAAGUAGUUAAUCAGUCGGUGCGCCGCGACAAGUCAGUCAGUCAGCGUGCUGUUUUUGUAAUGUUAACAAGAAAUCAUUCUUUCUUAAAAGCAGUGCGGAAAUUUGAAUAAAAAGUUGUGAAUUUAUUUGUUGUUAUUGCAUUGGCAACUGAAGAGCGUUGCGCGCGUGUAGAGUGUGUGACUAGCGAAACGCGGAAAAAAGAGAAAUUAAAGAAAUUACUUUCAUAAAGCGCCGCAAAGCAUAGCCGAUUGGCACAUUCUUCAGCUGGCUUGCUGUUUGCGUGCGACGCGAAUUUGUGGGAGAAAACGUGCAAAGCUGCUGGCGGAAAAGCGGUUCAAAACAAAACGCUCAAUAAAUCUAAAAAUUCGGUUUAACCAUUCACAGCAGUUACUGAAACUGUAUCUGGCUUAUGUAAAGCAGUUUUAAGCCACUAUAGUAAAAAAUUUCACUCGACAUAAUCAUUUGCGAAAAAUUUUCCAUAGAAAAAGAAAAAGCGUGCAGAAAACACAUACCUUAGAAGACUAAUAAAAAUCGUGAUUGAGCAGAGAGAAGCUUUUGCCAGUAUGUGAUUGUUAUUAAAGUGAAAUAGUCAAGUAAAAUAUGUGCAUAAUACACACAUAUCUGUAGCUCAACAAAAUCAAUGCGAAACCAGCUACACGCCACCAAUGAGAAACCUGUCGCUCAACGCACAACAACAGCAGCCUCAUUAACAUACCGGAUUCGUAGUCAAAACUAAGCGGAAUAUAAAUAAGAGUGUCAGAAGAUUUAAUGGCAUAAAGCUACAAGAAAGAAAGAAAGAGAAAAAAAAAACGAAAACAAAAGCAACAAAAAUGUAUGCUAAUAAGUUUCACUUUCUUUCGACUGAUCGACAGUUUUGAAUCAAUUUCGACUUGGAAACACGAAAUUGAACUCAACAGCCUCCUGCGGCGUAUAUCUACGCGCAUAAUCAACAAAUUAUUGCCAUACAAAAUUAAUUUGCGCUUAAUGACAAAUAUCAACUUCCCACUAGGCACAAGUAGAUCUUCGGAUUAGAUUUGACCCAAAUUAUACGUCGUUUUGUGAUAACGAAUGAAGUACAGUUAUUAAUUUGAUUUUAGACGAAAGCAACAUCAUUUGCUGGCGGGAAAAAGGUAAACAAAACUUUCAAGAAUCACGAAGACUGUGUAUUGUUUUCGUCAAAUGAUGAUCCGAGAUAAAUAAAAACAACAACAAGGACAACAGCAAAUAAAUCAAACGAAGCAGCAGCGCUGAAAUGAAAAUAAAAAUUUAUAUGGGAAGCACUAAGGAAAGGACAUAAAAGUAAACAAAAGACAAGAGUCUUUUUACUAGCACGAGCAACAGCAAGUGUCAGAGAGGAAAGAGCUGAAUUGUGAUGAGGCGAAACUGAAGGCUAAAAAUACAAAAACACAUACAAAUGUAUUAAUGCGAUGAACCGAGAACGACAAUGCGGUUAAGGUCAACACAGUAAAAGCGCAAAAGAAAGGAAUAAAUAAGAGUGGAUGUUAAAAAAGCAACAAAAAACAUAACGCGCGCAUAACAAAACCAACUAGUGCAUAACGGUGAAAAAGAAAUAAAUACAAAUGAAAAGCAUGUGCGAAAAGGCAAAGCAGAGACAGAAGACAGUCCAUGCAUUUUGUGAUUUUUGCGCAAAUUUUGUGUGAGCACACGCGUAAGCAACGGUAAAAGACGCACGAAGAAGACUUCAAAUCAGAAAGAAAAACAAAAAAGUGAGAAAAGAAAAUAUUAUGUUGGUGUGAAAAAAUAGUUGAAUGAGAGCAAGACAAGCUAAAUACAGCUAAUGCCAUUGACGUGGAAAACUGCAAACGUAAACAAAAUUUUUAGUGCGCCGCGAACGAUUUAGUGGCCAGCGGAAACGCAGAGAGCAACGAGCGGAAGGAGGGAAGCAAGCGUAAAGGAGCACAAUAGUAGCAGGACGAAACGCCGAAAAUUAAAAAAAAAAAUUAAAACAAAAUAACAAAGAUAAAAGCUGGAAAAUAUUAAUAAAAAAAAUAUUUAUAAAAAAAAAGUUAAAAGCUGAAAUUGUUAAAAAAAUUAACGCUACAAACAAACAAAGCGUUCAGCAACACAUUUUAUAUUUUUUCAAACUAAAGUGAAGCAAAAAACAUAUCAAUAGCAUUUACUUAAAAAAACAAAAAAAUUUUUGAAGUAUAUCUGCAGGCGCAAGCGACUAUAAUAAUUGUCACUAGAGGCACAAAGCUGCUUUUGCUAAAAAAAACAUACAGCGUAACAGUGCAUGGAAACUAAAUAAUGCACAACAACAAUAACUACUAACAUUAACGCAUUCACUAAGCCAAACAACGACGCUAGACGCCCAACGCUAUGCUAACAAAUUGCGCAAAUAUACAAACACUUAUAUAAAACAGGCACAUGUAACACAGCAACUCGCAAGGUAAACGCAAAUCGGCGCUACGCAAUCAGCGAAAGCGACAAAGCAUAAAUUACAACUAAUUGAGGCAUACAUUUAGGCGCAUAAUAAACAAAUCUCAAUACAGCACUGCGGCAGUGACGUGACGCGCGUUCACAUAACAAAAAUAACUCAUUUUUACGUUAGAAGUAGAGAAACUGACGACGCAGGAGUGUAAUUGCAAGCGUGUGACAGCCUUAGGGUCCAUGCAUUUAGAUGAAAUAUUGGCAAUAGCGACGCGCAAAAAAUUGUAAGGCAACAGCUACUAGUCAACAGCACUACAUAAACACAAACAAAACACCAAUAUAAAUUUAGAAGCAACGCACACACACAUACGAAAUGGCGUUCAUUUGGCGUCGACGCUCUGCGUCCAUUGUGAAAAUCGUGGCCGUGCUCACCGCCAUCUGGUUCACAGUGGCGUUCUUCAUCUACCACGAUGAUGCGGCACAAGGUAGCAGCAACAAAUGGAACGGCAUGUCGCUGGCGCUGAAAAGUGUUGCCGGUGGUGGCGCGCCCCCUAACGCGGUCGACGCUGAGCAGGGCAUUUACGAAGGUGGUGGCGGUUUUGGUGUAGAUCGUGGCGGCGUGGCAGCGGACGAUGGUGGCACGUACGCAGCGAGUGGUCGACGUGAACAGCGACGCGGUGUGGGUGAUGUGCCGCCACUCGAGCACAAUCAGCUGCUGGCAAAUGAAGAUAUUGCCCAACAGGCGGCCGGUGACGAUGCAGCUGGCGCGAUUGUAGGCAAUUUCGCGCCUGAUCUUAAUGUGGGCGAUGAAUCAGUGCAGAAUAAUGUAGUGGUGGCGGCGCAACCAAACGAGCGCGUCUAUCGUGGCAAAUUGAUUGCGGGCAAUAAACCCAGCAGGAGCGCCAUCAAAAAGGUGCCCGAAGAUGAUGACAAAGGCGUACUCGUACCGCCUUCGCCGGCUAAGGAUGCGCCCGGUGAAAUGGGUAAACCCGUUGUUUUACCCACCAAUAUGACCGUAGAAAUGAAGAAGGCCGUCGAUGAUGGUUGGACGAAUAAUGCAUUUAAUCAAUAUGUAUCCGAUAUGAUAUCUGUGCAUCGAACAUUGCCAGAUCCACGAGAUGCAUGGUGCAAGGAGCCAAAUCGCUAUUUAGAAAAUCUACCCGCCACCGAUGUCAUUAUCUGUUUCCACAAUGAGGCGUGGUCGGUGCUGUUGCGUACAGUGCACUCUGUGUUGGAUCGCUCGCCGCCGCAUUUGAUCAACGAAAUUAUACUGGUCGACGAUUUCUCCGAUAUGCCACACACCAAACAACAGCUGGAAGACUACUUCAGCGCCUACCCGAAGGUGAAGAUAUUGCGCGCCCCCAGCCGUGAGGGUCUGAUACGAGCGCGUCUGCUGGGCGCACGCCACGCCACCGCGCCGGUGAUAACGUACUUGGAUUCGCACUGCGAAUGCACCGAAGGCUGGCUUGAACCACUGCUCGAUCGCAUCGCUCGCAACAGCACCACUGUAGUGUGUCCGGUAAUUGAUGUCAUUGAUGAUACAACAUUGGAAUUUCACUACCGUGACUCGGGCGGCGUAAAUGUGGGCGGUUUUGAUUGGAAUUUACAAUUUAAUUGGCAUGCAGUGCCAGAACGUGAACGUAAGCGACACAAGAACUCCGCUGAGCCCGUCUACUCACCCACCAUGGCCGGUGGCUUGUUCUCCAUCGAUCGUAAAUUCUUCGAACGGCUUGGCACGUAUGAUUCGGGUUUCGAUAUUUGGGGUGGUGAGAAUUUGGAAUUGUCUUUCAAAACUUGGAUGUGCGGUGGCACGCUAGAGAUUAUACCAUGCUCACAUGUCGGGCAUAUAUUCCGCAAGCGAUCACCAUAUAAGUGGCGCUCCGGUGUAAAUGUGCUGAAGAAGAACUCGGUUCGUUUGGCUGAAGUAUGGCUGGAUGACUAUGCGAAAUAUUAUUACCAGCGCAUUGGCCAGGACAAGGGUGACUACGGCGAUGUGAGCGCACGGAAAGAACUCAGACGGAAUCUCGGCUGUCAAAGCUUCAAAUGGUAUCUCGACAAUGUCUACCCAGAGUUGUUCAUACCUGGCGAUUCAGUGGCGAAUGGCGAGAUAAGAAAUCUAGGCGUUGGCGGUCGCACAUGCUUGGAUUCGCCAGCGGGCAAGCGGAACUUGAAGAAGCCAGUCGGUUUAUAUCCCUGCCACAGGCAAGGCGGCAAUCAGUAUUGGAUGCUGAGCAAAGGCGGUGAAAUACGACGCGAUGAGGCCUGUCUCGAUUAUGCUGGCAACGAUGUGGUUCUGUAUCCAUGUCACGGCUCCAAAGGAAAUCAGUUCUGGAAGUAUAAUCAGCAGAAGCGUCAAAUACGACACGGUUCAUCAGACAAGUGUCUGGCCAUAUCGGAGAAGAAGGACAAAGUGGUCAUGGAAGAGUGUGAUUCGAAUCAAUUGCGACAACAAUGGAAGCUCGAAAAUUACGAUCCAUCGAAAUUGUGAGGUUACUUUUAUGCCAACGGCACAGUUUUAUUGCCGACGCACAAGCGACGAAAAUAGCAUAAAUUACGCACAGGAAAUGCACAGCAACAACAACAAACGAAACAGAAGCACAAUCAACAAAAACAACAACAACAACAGCAACACGUAUAUAUAGAACAUAAAGCGUCACAACAAAUGAGAUACGGAAGUGGCGGACAACGACAUCAACAACAGCAGCAGCGACAUAAAUUGCAGCAAGCAACUGAAUUGCAACAACUGGCGAGAGAACGCUUCAAGCAACAGCGACACCAGCAACAAAAAGAACAACAAAAAUACAAGCAAAAACAAGCCGUUAUAACAGCUCAAGUACAAUAUGGUCACAAUUAUCCGUGGCUGUAAUGUAAAGCUGCACUCAUACACACACAGACACACCCAAAUAUACAUAAAUAGUGCAGCGCACAGUCAAUCAUACGCCGUGGCCAACAUUCGAGUUUAAUAUGUAAAUAUUACAUAAAUUUGUAACCAUAUGUACUCACAGUUGCUUGUACUCAGGCUGUUUUCGAGCAUUUCCAGGUAGCAGGAUGUUGUAGCAGAAGUACUUACACACA